UUCAUGAGCUAAAUUUAAUACCCUAGUAAUGAAUUUUCCUUUUUGCCCCUGAAUCUCCAAGUACGGCAAGGCUCUAGUCCACAAACUGCAUAGCUUCAAAGAAAUUAAAAUAGAUAGUCAUCCACGCUCAUUCGUGUAGAAAAGUCAAUCUUGGACAAUAAGUGAUUAGCAUCAAACAGAAUGCAAAUUGAUGCUUAGUAAAUCUCUAGUAAGAGUUUUAGAAAUGUCCAUCUUUACAUCUCUCUUAUUUUUCUUGGUAUUUUGCCCAUUGUUAAGUUUAGGAGACAGACUAGAGGGUUGUGAGGAUUCUUGGUGCAAAAAUGAUGGCCCUAUAAUUCAUUUUCCAUUCAGGCUCAGAAAUCAACCAAAACAUUGUGGCUAUCCUGGUUUUGAACUACAGUGUAACAAUCAAAAGGACACCAUCCUCGAGCUUCCCUUUUCUGUUCACUUCAUUGUUGAAGAAAUUGAUUAUAUCUCGCAGCAAAUUCACCUUUAUGAUCCUAACGAGUGCAUAAUAGCCAAGCUAUCAAAACUUAAUUUAUCACAAUCUAAUUUCAAAAAUGUCGAAGAUCCCACAGCCCUAUUCAAUUGUUCUGUACCAUAUGAUUACGGUAUCGUAGUUCCUUGUCUUGGUUCUUCUGGAUACCAAGUUUAUGCUGUUUCUCCGACCAUUAUCCUCCACCUAUUCUUGACUGGGCCUUGUACAAAAAUUCAUCAGUACCCAUACUCACAGUCAACAUUUCUUGAGAACAGGCUGCAGCUGAAUUGGCCUGUACCACUCUGUGGAAACUGUGAGUCCAAUGGAAUGGAUUGUGGUUUCAUGGAUAGAACUAAGCUAUUGGAAACUCAUUGUUUCAAUCGAACUAUGACCCAAAAAGGUAUUACUAAACAGCCCUUAGUUGCAGGUGUCAUUUUAGGUGCAGCUCUUGUUUGCAUUAUUAUUUUCUCAUUUCAUCAGCUAUAUUUGUCAAGUAAAAAUGAAAAAGAUAGUCGAGUUAGGCUUGAAAAGUUUUUGGAAGAUUACAAGGCCAUAAGACCAACAAGAUAUUCUUAUGCUGAUAUUAAGAAGAUAACAGAUGGUUUCAAUGAAAAGUUAGGAGAAGGAAGUUAUGGAACUGUUUACAAAGGCAAACUUUCCAGGGAAAUCUAUGUUGCUGUAAAAGUCCUACGCGAUUCCAAGGGUAAAGGGGAAGAAUUUAUCAAUGAAAUCGGAACAAUUGGGAGAAUCCACCAUGUUAACGUGGUUCGCUUGGUUGGUUUUUGUGCUGAUGGAUUCAGACGAGCUUUGAUCUAUGAAUACCUACCAAAUGAUUCACUUGAAAGAUUCAUUUUGCCAAUGAGCUCGAGCACGAAUAGUGUUUCAGUCAUCAGCUGGAAUAAGCUUCAACAUAUCGCUCUUGGUACUGCUAGAGGGAUUGAAUAUCUUCACCAGGGAUGUAAUCAGCAGAUUCUUCAUUUCGAUAUUAAACCACAAAACAUCCUUUCAGACCAUAAUUUGAACCCAAAAAUUUGCGAUUUUGGCCUAGCUAAACUGUGCUCGAAAGAAAAAAGUGCAGUCACAAUGACAGCUGCUAGGGGAACCAUAGGCUACAUUGCACCAGAAGUGUUAUCAAGAAACUUUGGUAAGGUUUCUCAUAAAUCUGAUAUUUAUAGUUUCGGAAUGCUCUUGUUAGAAAUGGUUGGAGGGAGGAUAAAGUCGAAUUCUAAGACGAAUAAUCACAACAAAAUAAGUUCUUUGGAAUGGAUAUAUGGAGAUUUGGAGAAGGGGGAAGAAUUGAAGAUUCGGAUAGAGGAAGAAGGAGAUGGUACAAUUGUGAGAAAGUUAGCCAUUGUUGGACUUUGGUGUAUUCAGUGGCAUCCAAAUGAUAGGCCUUCAAUAAAAGAAGUCGUUCAGAUGCUAGAAGGAGAUGGGAGCCAUCUCAACUUGUCCCCAAAUCCUUUUAUGGCUACUAAUAUGCCUAAUUUUAAUGCAAGUCCUCAUGAAGAAGAUCUAGACGUUAUAUUAGAAAUUGAAUAACACUUCAAAGUUGAUUGUACAAUGAAAAAAGAAAAGGAAAUAAUAUAAAGGUUGCAAAAUUAUGUUGUUUCGUAGUAGUGAUCAACAAGCUGAAUGAUAAAACUUAGGAUCAUUUCUCGA